CAGGAAGUGGGGCAGAGUUUUGUGUAUUGUUGUCACGGAACUUGCUCACUGGGAUUUAAAUUUACCCGACGUUAGUGGUGGCCCAAAAAUCACCUCUCUGAGUUUUCGUUUAUGUUAUUUUCCCGUUAGGUUAGCGGAGACUAUAAGAAUGCCGCCUAAAAAGCGCCACUCCGGAGUGACACAGAGCAGGGAGCCGAAGCCCGACGCUGACAGCGCGUCUUCUCCAGACAAACAGGAUAGCCCAGAGUUAUCAGAGAAAAAGCACAGAGAAAAGGAUGCUAAGUUUGUGAGUCUGUGUAAGAGCCUUCAUGUAUCAGACCUGGUGUGUGACCGAGCCUGGGCUCUAUGGAAAACCGUUCAAGAAUCCAUGGAUAAAGUCCCUGGCAGUCAGGAAAGACUUUGGGGCGCUUGUCUGUUUGUUAUCGUGACAGACAUGGAUAUCGGCUGCUUUACUGUCACUCAAGUUUUGAAAGCUGUCAGUCUGAAUUUAAAACAGUUUUUGGUUGUGGUGAGACAGCUGGAUGUAAACCUAGAUACAAUCAGCACAAAGGUCAACUCUGCACUGACACGACUGGAGAAGAAGUAUGAUGUGAUGCUGGCUCUUUAUCAAAGAUUUGAGAAAACUUGCAAGAAUAUCUUUGUUCUUACUCCCGAUGGCAAGGUGAGGGAGACCACACGGACCUGUUGGACAAUGUUUCUUUUGUCAAAAGGAAGGGCCUUGCAGAUGGAGGAUGACCUGGUCAUAUCCUUCCAGUUGCUGCUCUGCACGUUGGAGUUAUUUAUCAAGCGCUGCUCUCCAGACCAGUUACAGCCUCUCUAUCAAUCAGCCAUUAGCAAGGUUCAGACCCCAUCAACCCGCACAUCUCGUCGCAGCCUGAGCAAAGCCAAAUCCCGACCUGUAGAACCAGAAGUUGAUGCGCAGCUUCUCGAAACCUUGUGCAAAGACAAUGAAUGCAAUAUCGAAGAGGUGAAGAACGUGUACCAGACCAGCUUCAUGGCUUUUCUGGAGUCAGUGGAUCUUUCGAAAUCUACAGAUUUUCCACAAGUGAAUUUUAUCAACCAGCAGUAUGAAGAACACUACCUCAAGAGCAGAGACAUUGAUGGUCGUCUGUUUUUUGAUGGGGAUGAGAGCGUUCUUCCUCCUAAAGUUGAGAUAUCACAGGUGGAGAGAACUCCAAAGAAGAACCAGCCAGAUGAAGAUGGGCCGAUGAUCCCUCCUCAGACUCCAAUCAGAGCUGCCAUGACCUCCAUUAAGAUGCUCAGGGGAGAUCUCCCCCCCAACGGGGAUCAGCCUUCAACUGCCCUGGCCACAUACUUCAAAAAUUGCACUGUGGACCCGACGCAGGAUGUGCAGAAACGUUUAGAGACACUUGGACAGGUGUUUAGCCAGAAGUUUGGUGAGGCAGUGGGGCCACGCUGUGUUGUGUAUGGAAGGCAGAGAUUUGCCCUUGGUGUCAGAUUAUACUACAAAGUAAUGGAGGCGAUGCUGAAAUCGGAGGAGAAGCGUCUGUCUGUGCAAAACUUCAGCAAACUGCUCAAUGACUCCACAUUUCACACAUCACUCCUGGCCUGUUCUUUGGAGGUGGUCAUGGCAACAUAUGAAGAGAGUAGUUUCAAGAACGGAGGAAGUGACCAAACUGGAACAAAUUUGUGCUUCCCCUGGAUACUGAACGUCCUCAGCCUGCCUGCCUUUGACUUCUACAAAGUGAUUGAGAGCUUCAUCAAGGCUGAACAGACACUAAGCAAAGACAUCAUCAAGCAUCUGGAGACCUGUGAGAACCUCAUCAUGGAGAGGAUCGCGUGGAGGACGGACUCCCCGCUGUUUGAGCUCCUGAAACAGGAGCAUGCGAAUGCAGCACCAGAGCCGGCGGAGACACCAGCCAGUCUCAACCAGCCACUGCAGCAUAACCACACCGCUGCUGACCUAUAUCUCUCACCAAUGCGCCCAGGCCUGCGGGGACUGCCUCCUCAUUCCCCGGCCACGCCCCCCCAGCCACCCGCUGCCUCCCAGUCCACCUCCCAGGCUCCCUGCCAAGUUCCAAGGCUGCCAAAAUCUAACUCUCUCAGUCUUUUCUAUAAAAAAUUGUACCGCCUGGCCUAUACAAGGCUAAAGACACUCUGCUCCUACCUGUUGUCCUCUAACCCUGAACUUGAGCCCAUAAUAUGGACCCUGUUUCAGUACACCCUGCAGCACGAGUAUGAGCUGAUGAGAGACCGCCACCUGGACCAGCUGAUGAUGUCGGCCAUGUACGCCAUCUGCAAAGUGAAGAGCGUGGAUCUGCGCUUCAAGUCCAUCGUCUCGUCGUACAAGAACUUGCCCAACACCAACCAGGAGACCUUUAAGAACGUGCUGAUCACUGAAGGACACUAUGACUCCAUCAUUGUCUUCUACAACCAAGUAUUCAUGCAGAAGUUAAAAACAAAUAUCCUGCAGCAUGCGUCCACCAGGCCGCCUCCCCUCUCUCCUAUCCCUCAAAUACCUCGCAGCCCAUACAAGUUCCCCAACUCUCCUCUGCGUGUGCCUGGGAGCAACAACGUCUACAUCUCGCCUAUGAAAAGCUCCCGCAUGUCCCCGGGCAUCAUGACUCCUCGCUCCAGAAUGCUGGUGUCCAUUGGUGAAUCAUUUGGGCUGGGCAAUCGCUUCCAGAAGAUCAACCAGAUGGUCAACAGCAGCGAACGCUCCCACAAGAGGACGAUGGAUCCAGGCUCCACUCUAAAGCCUCUGAAGAGGCUGCGGUUUGACAUGGACGGGCAGGAUGAAGCUGAUGGCAGCAAACCUGGAGGAGAUUCAACCCUGAUACAGAAACUUACAGAGAUGAGCUCCACUUGGAGUCGCAUGCAGGAGCAGAAGAUGAAGGAGGACCCCGAAAUGGGGGACGGGUCACAGUAAAGCCCACCAGACUGACCUGCACUGUUUGUCGCAUUGUGAACACUACUGUUAGUUCACACAUAAAGUUGAACACAACAUUUCUCUGUACAUUUAAUGUGUUUUAGUUUGUAUUUAACUUGGCUCUGUAACCUAAGAAUGCAAAAGAGUUUCUUCGCUUUUGUGUUUAGGCUUUGACUGAUUUUACUACACAAAUUUUAUUGUUGUUCUUUGGAAUCUGAUAUUUUCAAAGAACAUUUAUUUGGUUUUAGGAGUGUUAUUAGUUGUUUGUUGUUGAGGAAGUCAUUGUUUCCCCCCUCUUGAAUCUUCAGUAUAUUGACACAAUAUGCCGGUUUUCUUAUAUUUCAAAAGCAGUGAUCAUGAUGUGACAUUUCUAGUGUUAAAUCAUGGUUAUCCUCCACAAAACACGAGUAAAUGUUUUAAUUUUACUUUUCAAUGCAAUUGAAAUCUUAAACUGGGAAAACUAUACCGUGGUUUUUUUUUUCAUAUGGGCAAUAUGGUUCACUGGCCAGGGUGGUAUUUUGUCAGGGAGCUGCAUAAACACCCAGAAAUAAAAAAUAAAAAAAUGUUAAAAAAUUAUACGUGUCAGUUUCGCACCAAACAAGUUUUCUAGUGUUAUUUUGUGCCACCAAUGUUGGUAUAUACUUCAAGACUCUUGUUCUGUGCUUAAUGAAGUGCUUUUUACUGUUAUUAAGGAACCUAGAUAGCAUUUGAUAAUCUCAAGGUCAAAACCUGAAACGUUUAGAUUGUUAAAACUUGAACUCUGGACAAUGAUUCUUAAAACACAGUUUGAUAUUAAAACACAGUUUGAUAUUAAAACAAAGUUUGAUAUUAAAACACAGUUUGAUAUUAAAACACAGUUUGAUAUUAAAACAGUUUGAUUCAUGAAAUCCAAAUGUAAUUCAUAGGAUGCAGAAAUAGGAGCUUACCUCUGAUUUUACACAACAGGCCGUCAAGCAUGAUGAACAGACACAAAGGACACAGCAAAUCUUUCUAUGUGGUGUAAAAUGUAGUUUUCCAAUGAUUAUUGUGUUUCAUUGUAAAAAAAUAACCUUAAAUGCAAGCACAUCCAAAUGGGUUUAAGCUAAAGUAUCGUUUUGUUCUUUAUACUUGUUGUAAUUUUUGGAAAUAGAGGUAAUAGAUAUAGAGAAUGGGAGAAAUACAUAACUGAUCAUGUGUAGAAAGAGCAUAGAGCAGUUAUGGAAAGAUAAAUGUGUUUAUAGUCUAAUCAAUUUAAUACAUUUCAGCAAACAGGGAAAAAUGUAGGAGAACUUUAUUCCAGCUCUGAGUUAAUCUGUUUUUCAUUUGUUGAAAGCUGUUUUUUUUCCUGCUGUGCUGCAGUUGGUUAAACUGAUUUAUGGAAAGAAGAUUGCUCAGCUGAUAAGAUUUGAUUUUGGGUUUGCGUUUUUCUUGAAUACACAAAUGUUUUAAAUUUUAACGGCUUUUUAUUUUCUGUUGACAAUGUACUUUAUUUCAAAGCAUUUUUUAAGUCUAUUUAACUGAAACAAUGAAGUUCUUUUCUUUUGAAAACAAAAGAUAGUAAAUGCAUGUUCACCCAGAUCCAUAUUUUGCAUGAUUAGAUGAUGCAAUGAUGUUUCGGUCAUGUCAGAUUAAACCUCCUAGGAACAACCUGGGGACACUUUUAACCUUUUAGAGUAUUCCUUUAAAAUAAGUUUCAUUUAUUUACACAUUAGUACAUUUCCUCACUUUGUUUAACCCUAAGUUAUUCUACAUUUAAACCACCAACUUGUGAGAAAAUCAGAAAAUUAGGAGCUCAUUCUGCUACAAGAGUACCUUCUCACCCUCUGCUGUAUAAAGUUAUAUUUGCAUGUGGCAGCAGGCCAUCAGGCUUCUGUUUCAGAUAAGAUUGUAAUGUCGUUAGCUGAACAAUAAACCCCCUUAUUCUUA